CAACAGAAAGCAAAACAUGUAGUGUCAUCCAGCAAACAAAAACCGUAAACCCCACCGAAAGACAGUGUGAAAUUUUUGUUGUGGCAACCAAAGCAUAAACCCCAGGAAGCAGCGGUCUGAGCAAUUAGUUUCUGAGAUUUUGAGAAAAAAUGGUGGUGAGGAUCCGAUUGGCGAGAUUCGGAUGCAAGAACAAGCCAUUUUAUCGGGUCAUGGCUGCUGAUAGCAGAUCACCCAGAGAUGGCAAGCAUCUCGAAGUAUUAGGUUACUAUAAUCCCUUGCCAGGUCAAGAUGGUGGCAAACGAAUGGGCAUUAAUUUUGAAAGAGUGAAGUAUUGGUUAUCAGUUGGUGCUCAGCCUUCAGAUCCUGUCCAACACAUUCUUUUCAGGGCAGGGUUACUGCCCCCACCACCUAUGGUGGCAAUGGGGCGCAAAGGUGGACCUCGUGACACACGUCCUAUCGAUCCUAUGACAGGGCGUUUCUUGAAUUCUGAGAAGCCAGCCAUUGCUGACCAAUCAAAAAGUGAUGCAGAUGAUAGUGCAGAACCAGCAACUUCCUCAUGA